AUUGGGUCUUCUCUUACAGGGAGAGGGAGGAAUCAAACAAAAGCGUGGCCUUUUUGGACUUGCAAGAAUUAGAAUUUUCUCCGAAACAUAUUUAAAGCAACGACCUUUGUGCCAGCAAAGAAACCUUUCGAUUACUCUUUUCAGUUCCUUGAACGAUUAGAUUACGACUCUCUCUUUCUUUUGUGUGUGUCAAUGGCGAACAGCAGAUAAGAAAGAGAAAUGGGUCUUUCAAUGGAUGGGGUAAUUGACGCCAUGCCUGUGUUUGUGAAGGAACUGGUUGCCGGAGGUGUUGCCGGCGGCGUUGCUAAGACCGUGGUUGCGCCCCUUGAACGGAUAAAGAUCUUGUUUCAGACCAGAAAGGACGAGUUCCGAAGCAUAGGGCUCCUUAGAUCCAUUAAAAAGAUUUCACAGACAGAAGGCAUCAUGGGCUUCUAUAGAGGGAAUGGUGCUAGUGUUGCUCGAAUUGUUCCCUAUGCAGCGCUGCAUUAUAUGACUUACGAGCAGUACCGCAGAUGGAUUAUCCUCACUUUUCCUGACGUUGGAAGGGGCCCUGUUCUUGACCUAGUGGCAGGAUCAUUUGCUGGAGGAACAGCUGUUCUUUUUACGUAUCCUCUUGACUUAGUUCGAACUAAAUUGGCUUAUCAGGUUGUUGAUUCAGCAAAGAUAAAUAUUAAAGGGGUUGUAGGAACUGAACACGUCUAUAGAGGAAUUGUUGAUUGUUUCUCAAGAACUUUCAAAGAGUCUGGGCUUAGAGGUCUUUACCGUGGUGUGGCUCCAUCCCUUUAUGGAAUUUUUCCAUAUGCUGGUUUAAAGUUUUACUUCUAUGAGGAGAUGAAACGUCAUGUAUCUGAGGAUCACAAGAAAGAUAUUUCAGUGAAACUAGUAUGCGGAUCAGUGGCAGGUUUACUAGGUCAGACUUUCACAUACCCUCUUGAUGUGGUUAGGAGGCAGAUGCAGGUUCAACGGCUCUCUGCGUCUACCGGUGCAGAGUUGAAAGGAACAUUAGACACCCUCAUUAUGGUUGCUCGAAGGCAAGGAUGGAAGCAAUUAUUUUCUGGGUUGAGCAUAAACUACUUGAAGGUUGUACCAUCUGUGGCAAUCGGGUUUACAGUGUAUGACUAUAUGAAAUUAUUCUUGAGAGUCCCGUCACGAGAUGAAGCAGUGAUUGAAGUGGUAACCAACAAAAGAAAUAGCCAGCCAUCUCUUCAUUCUUGAAAGUAAAGAAUCCCUAUUCUUUCAAAUUCAGGUGACAUUUCCAUCAACAUUCAUCAGGAGCAUUCGUUCGCCCUCGCUGACUGUUAUACACAUUGAUUUGUAUCAUUAGGUCCAACAUUAUUAAACAGGCUGUAUCCACCUGUGUAGGUUAAAUCCCCUCCAAAUAAACCAUGCACAGGUCUAGUUUCACAAAUUUAUUUAAGUAUGGAGGGGGUUCUGGGUUUCAUUAAUUUUCUUGUGGUUCCCUGUAGAGAUAAAUGUAUCCUUAGAAGAAGGUAUCCACACACGAUGACAUGUAAAUACAGAGUAUAGACAGCACAGAAUUCACUGAGUAUUCUAAAUUUUCGUUGCAGUUGCGAACGGUUUUUUCAAGAUUUCA